AUGAACGCACCAUCAUUCCGCGUGGAGAGAGGAGCAGAUGGGAGAAUGCUUCUCCAUUACUACUCCGAUCGGAGCGGUCUGUGCCACAUUGUACCAGGUAUCAUUGAGGCUGUGGCUAAAGACUUCUUUGACAUUGAUGUGACCAUGGAUAUCCUCAGCAUGAAUAAGGAAGAGGAGAGGACAGGAAAGAAAGAGCAUGUUGUGUUUCUGGUUGUGCAGAAGUCUCACAGACAGAGGGAAAGGGCAAGGCCAAACAGGUUACUGGACAAUCAGGAUGCCCAGAGAGACCCGGAGGCCCUGGAGGGAGCUUUCCUGAGGAUGAAAGGGAAAUAUUUGGGUGUCUCUGUUUGCCCUGUGAAGAAAUCCCACUGGGAAGUUGUGAGAAGUAUAGUUACGUGUGGAAAAGGGCAUCUCGUGAACACCUUUGUGCCAGUUUAUCCCGAGCGGCUCUGGAUUGAACAGAAGACAUUCUGCAAUGCUUUUCCUUUCCACAUUGUAUUUGAUGAAUCACUGAGGGUCAAGCAAGCUGGCGUGAACAUUCAGAAGUAUGUCCCAGGACUCCAAACCCAGAAGAUUCGAUUAGAUGAGUAUUUCUCCAUCAUUCAUCCCCAAGUUACCUUCAACAUUUUCAGCAUCUGCAAAUUUAUCAACAGUCAGUUUGUUCUGAAGGCACGCAGAGAAAGAAUGCCCCAGGCAUGGAAAAGUCAGCCUGCACUCAAACUGCGAGGCCAGAUGAUCUGGAUGGAGUCCGUGCGGUGCAUGAUAUACUUGUGCUCCCCGAAGCUCCGCAGCCUGCAAGAGCUAGAGGAGCGUAGGAUGCACCUGUCUGACAUCGCCCCCCACGACACCACCCGGGACCUCGUGCUCCUGAACCAGCAGCGGCUGGCUGAGAUCGAGCUGUCCAACCAGCUGGAGAGGAAGAAGGAGGAGCUGCGGGUCCUCUCCAAGCACUUGGCCAUAGAGAAGAAGAAAACAGAGACCCUGCUUUAUGCCAUGCUGCCGGAACAUGUGGCCAACCAGCUGAAGGAGGGCAAAAAGGUUGCCGCGGGAGAAUUUAAAACCUGCACAAUUCUUUUCAGUGAUGUGGUGACAUUUACGAACAUCUGUGCUGCCUGCCACCCUAUCCAAAUAGUGAACAUGCUGAAUUCAAUGUAUUCCAAGUUUGACAGAUUAACCAGUGUCCACGAGGUCUACAAAGUGGAAACCAUAGGAGAUGCUUACAUGGUGGUAGGGGGCGUGCCCGUGCCCAUUGGAAGCCAUGCUCAAAGAGUGGCUAACUUUGCCUUGGGGAUGAGAAUUUCUGCAAAAGAAGUGAUGAAUCCUGUUACUGGAGAGCCCAUCCAGAUCAGAGUGGGGAUCCACACGGGACCAGUCUUAGCAGGUGUGGUGGGAGACAAGAUGCCGCGGUACUGUUUGUUUGGUGACACUGUGAACACUGCUUCUAGGAUGGAAAGUCACGGGCUUCCCAACAAAGUGCACGUCAGCCCCACGGCCUACAGAGCUCUGGAAAAUCAAGGGUUUGAAAUAAUUGAGAGGGGUGAAAUUGAAGUGAAAGGGAAAGGGAAAAUGACCACAUACUUUCUGAUCCGGAACCUGCAUGCCUCAGAGGAUGAGAUCAUGGGCAGACCUCAAAGCCUGCUUGAUCACAAGGCCUCUGAUGAAAUGACACCUGGAGGGAGUUCAGAGGCAGGACAGGGCUCCGUGGAGGCAGCUGACAGGCAGCGGUCUUCGGAUCAGACAGAGACACCUCACUUUCCUAAUGACGCUCUGCCGUCUGGUUUCUGCGCUCUGCUGUAA